CCAAAGCUGGCCGAGACCUACUGCGUUUGCCACCUGGCCACCGGGGACAUGCUGCGGGCCAUGGUGGCCUCCGGGUCCGAGCUGGGCAAGCGGCUCAAAGAGACGAUGGACGCGGGGAAGCUGGUCAGCGACGAGAUGGUGGUGGAGCUGAUUGAGAACAACCUCGACUCCCCUCCCUGCAAGAACGGCUUCCUCCUGGACGGCUUCCCACGCACGGUGAAGCAGGCCGAGAUGCUGGAUGAGCUCCUGGAGAAGAGGAGAGAGAAGCUGGACUCCGUCAUUGAGUUUAGCAUCCCUGACUCCUUGCUUAUCCGCAGGAUCACUGGACGGCUGAUUCACCCCGCGAGCGGCCGCUCUUACCACGAGGAGUUCCGACCCCCGAAAGAGCACAUGAAGGACGAU